AUGGAAACAGUUCUUGGUCGCGGUUAUUCAAUCAAUGAUGAAACUGGUUUAACAGAUUUCUAUUCACCACCAUCAAGUAUUGUUGAUGAAGAUGAAGAACAAGAUGAUGAUGAGGAGGAUGAUGAUUUAUUCUAUCCAGAAGAAAUCGAACCUUUAUUUACUGCUGAAACAAUUAAUAAUACGACUCUUUCUUCUUCAUCUAUUGACGAAAUAAAUGAUAUGAAUUUAAAAAAUGGAUUAAAAUCAUUACCAUUAAAAUUAAUGUCUAUUGAGGCAACACCACCGCCAACACCGCUUAUUCCACGACGUUUACUCGAUCCUAUAAAUACGACAACAACGGCUUUUCAAAAUAUGACAUUUAAUACAACAUUACCAAUAACACCAACAAGAAGUACUGAUAUAACAACAUCAAAUUGGUCAUUAAAUACAUCAUCAACGAGUUCAUUAUUUCCAUGUAAUACGGAUACUCUAUCGAAAACAACAAAUUUAUUGACACCAACAAGUAUGGAUCGAUAUCUUGCUGAACAUCGACCUCUUACUGAUUCAGUAUAUAAAUCAUCAAUAAGUAAAUAUUUAGGAUUUAUUUAUUUAUUUAUUAUUCAUCUUCUAUUUAAAGCACUUGGUACAACAACAAAUAGACAUCAUUCGAUUUCUGUUCAACAUACUGAAGUAACGAAUGAAACAAGUCGAUUAUAUUCUUAUAUGGCUCCUGCUGAUGGUUUAUCAUCAAAUCUUCGAGCAGGAUCUAAUACAUGGUCACCAUUU